CAGACAGGUCUCGACAACUCGCCGUGUUGCAGAUUCUCAAGACAUCUCGCGUAAGCAACGCAGGUAGACGCGGAUUCUUCUUCUUCAUAUACGGCUUCUUGUGCUCAGUCGAGAAGGCAGAUUCGUGGUUUUAUCAAGGCAGCAACCAUGGCACGGGUCAGACUUCCACCAGCAUGGGAGAGUGCACCCGACAUAUUGAGAACGAACUAUCCUCAGCAGCAUCGACAAGCACGCCCACACUCAAGAUCGAGCCCGUUACCAGAAAACCAACCUCCGCCAACCAGAAGAAGUAUCUCUAGACGUGGCACCUACCCCGAGCCGCGCGUGCAUCGUGCUUUCGACGGAGACAGGGCUGUCAGAGAACUGUCUCGAACUCCAGAUGUCGACGGCAUCCCAAACCCACCCUAUCCAGUUACACCUCCACCUGAUCAACCUCGAAGUACAUUGCCUCAGAUUCGAUUGCCACGGCAGGAGCUGUCCCAACUCGGUUACAGGGCACCCACACCUCUGCCGCCUACAAUCGUACCAGUCCAGGCUCCCAAGCCAGACGACAAGCCACCUCGACUGCUGCAGAUACAACGACGCUGCGCACGCCAGCUCGAUGCUUCGCUACCAACACUCAGCAUCGCCUCUCUGGCUUCUGGCUCGAUACUGCUCGUGUCGGCCAUCUUGUUCGUCCGUAGCGUGAUGAUGGGCACUCCUCAUGCGAUUGCUGGAAGAUCGGCUUUGAUCGUCUUCUUCGCUCUCUCUGUUGCUGCUUUCAUCGUCUCCUUUGGCUUGAUACUGGGCGUGUUGUGUCGUAGAACAAGAGCUACCAAAAGCUCUGCCGUCAGAGCUCAAGUGAGACAGGAGAUUGAGCUGACGGAGACAAGACCGCGUGCGAAUGAUGACAGACUGCCAAUGUACGACAUCAGUAGAAGGAACGCCAUCUGUGAGUUUCGAGAGGGUUCAUCUGCUGUGCGCGAUGACCGUGGAAGGCCUAGCACACGCCUUGUUCCUCGGGACGAGGGCCGUAUCAUCAAUCGCCCGAAUGCACCACCUGUUCGUGUCGCUUCAAGACACUUGUCUGGCAUUCCAUUCUCACGACCUGAUUCACCGUACCCUAGACAGGCAUUGUCGCCGCUCAUUCCGAGCACACCGCCACCACCGAUACCAGAACGCAAUCCUGCACGCCUGUUUGCAAGCACUGCCGUCAGCACCGAUGCUCUCAGCACACUCGUACACCCAAGCCCAGCAUCAGGUGUCUCGCCAAAGACAACCGUCACAAGAGCUGCUCCACAAGCCAUUGACAAUGUCACUGUUUCUGGUCGCUCAACUCAGAUGUUCAACCAGCAUCUGCUCACUGCAGGUACUCGUGAGUUGCAAGCAUACCUUGAUGCACCAUCGAACUCUAGCUUGAACACCAUCGCGGCAUAUCAACAUAGCGAGAGCGACUCCUCUUCCACUCAAGCUAUCAUGAGCAACGAUCGUAGCGUAUACAGCAACGAACUUGAUGAGCCAGAUGCUGAGGAAGAGCCUUGUGUCGGUGAAGCAUAUUUGCUGAGUCUACGCAAGGUUGGAAAGGCCCGUGAGUGCUACAUCCCAGCCUCGAAGAGCGAAGGAUCAGCACCCAAGCCUCGCAAGGCCGACAAGCAGCGACGGUCAGGUCUCAAAGUGUUCACUGAUAUUCCAAGGCCACAGGAAAAGAAGCCUGAGCGUCAACAUCGAGGCAUGCUGGACCCGCUGCCAAGUGCACCUCUUUUCCCUUCCGUGCAGAAGAGUACGGAGAACAGGCUAUCAGCAAUCAAGAGAUCGUGCAGCUUAAGCCCAAAGAAGCUGUCAGGACUUGGUGCAAAGCCGAAUCUGGUCGGCCUGGGCAUCUCUGUGGGUGAAGAGCAGGACAAGGAAAAUAUGGACCCUGGACAUGCGGAGGUGGAAACAUGGAGCGCACUUGGUCGUGUUUAAGGCGUUGUUCUUCUGUCACGACUGAUGGGCAAGAGGCGAGCACGCCUCAUUACGUGCUCCUAUAGCUGUCCCUUUCUUUUACCCAUAGAUGGUCGACCCAGUGUUGCCGGUGCCCUUGCCAAAAACUGGUUAGAG